AAAUCUCGCCCCUCAGCAUCGUGCAUCCCGUGCCGGAAUCGUAAAGUCAAGUGCGACCGCCUAACCCCCUGCAGCACAUGCCUCUCCCGCGCCCACCCGGAACAGUGCACCUACACAUCAACCGACACCGACCGCUCCGCCAUGAAAUCCGCCGAGACAAUCGCGGACUUGCGCCGGAAAAUCCGCGCCCUUAAGAUGCAGAUUUCCGACUCCGAAAACUCCGAGAAUGAUGGUGAUGGCGAAGGGCGGGUUGAU